AUUAGGAUCACAUUUAGCAUUUGAGAGAGGUAAGAGUAAUGCAACAAUGCAAAAGAGGAAGAACAAGAUAUUUGUUCCUUUAUUUCUAUUUGAGGAGGACUGGAAGGGGAACUUUUAAUCUGCCACCAAUUUUUGCUGUCAAAAUUCAACAGAGUAGCUAAAGUGCAUUGAAAAGCUGCACCAACAAAAGGGGGUCCAGGGGAUUUGGUCCGGCCAUAAUCAUACCAUAAUCCAUAUUUUAUAAAUGUCAACACACGAACCCAGAAUUACACAAAUUUAAGAUUACAGUUCAAUAUUACUAGGAGAUAAAAUCAUAGCUGUGGACGAUGUGAUUACGAAAAAUCAAAUUAUCCCAUUCAGAUAGGCUUAACAGCUUUUUUUUUUUUAAAUCAAUCCAAGCCAGUUUCAGUAUUGAUACAUUGUACCAACUUUUGUGCUUCCUUUCAACAAAAAUUGAUUCAGUUCAGCACUGAAAGGCAGGCCCAGGAAACUGUUUCGACAGCUUUCUUCUACACUCCCUGUUUUCCACUCCUUCAGAUCACGGUCUCUGGAGGGGGGAAAAAACAAACGAACAACAGCAAAAAAAAAAAAAAAAAACAAGUCCCCGCUUCAUGAGCGGUACUGAAAAUAAAGAAGAAAAAAACCCCUUCCUUCCCAUGAGGUCCGGAAGAGCGGCUGCAGUGUCCCCAGCGGCUGUUAAGCGAAGUCAGUUUGGCACCUGAUGCUGCUGCUUUCGCAGCCAAGGUCCUUCCCACUCCGCCUCUAACUACGAGGGGGCCGCGCUUUGGUUUGCCCGCGCUGUGACGUCCCUCGAAUAGCAAGUCGAAGCGGGCAAUUCCUGCCAGGACCCCCGGCGGAGUAAAGCGCCGCAACUUAAGCGGCUUGCCUUUUUAUACUCAGGCUGAAAAAGAAAAGCGCUCCCCGGAGAAAGGCGCCGGACUCUCUGUCUUUCUCGAGACAGGUGAAGGGGAUUCCGUAGCAACUUCCCAACAGGAUGACAGCCGCCGUCUCUGCGCCCCGAGCGUCGCUUUGGCUCCUUUGGCUCCUGCCUUUUGCCGCGCUGCCUUCCAAGCUCAACAUCCCUAAAGUGUUGUUGCCGUUCUCUCGGAGCGCAAGGAUUAACUUCACUCUGGAGGCAAGCGAAGGCUGCUACCGUUGGUCUUCCACCAGACCAGAAGUUGCUAGCAUAGAUGCUAUAGAACAAAACAACCAUCAGUGUUCACGGAAGGCUGUUAUUCAAGCCAGAUCAUCACAAAUAACACGGCUUACAAGUAUUAUUUUGGCUGAAGAUGUUUUGACUGGCCAGGUUCUUCGCUGUGACGCUAUAGUUGAUGUUAUUCAUACUAUUCACAUAGUAUCUACAACGAAGGAAUUGUAUCUUGAGGAUUCACCACUGCAGCUGAAAAUUCAAGCCCGAGAUUCUGAAGGAAACACUUUUAGCACAUUGGCAGGACUUGCUUUUGAGUGGACCAUUGUGAAAAGCUCUGAAACUAAUGAAUUCUCAGAUUUCCAUAAUGCACUACAAAUUCUGAAAUUUUCUGAAUCAACAUAUAUACCACCUUCAUAUAUAUUAGAGAUGGAGAAAGUUGCAAAACAAGGAGAUAUUGUCUUAGUAGCUGGAAUGAAAACAGGGAGUUCAAAACUCAAAGCAAGAAUAGAGGAAACUGUAUAUAAGAAUGUGCCAGGAGCUGAGGUCAGAUUGUUUAUUUUGGAAAACAUCAUUUUAAAUCCUGCUUAUGAUGUCUACCUAUUGGUAGGAAUGUCAACACAAUAUAAAGUCAUGAAAAUUAGAAGAGGGAAAAUGACAGAACUAAUCAUGCCUUCUGAUCAGUAUGAGCUACAACUUCAGAACAGCACACUCAGCCUUGGGGGAGAUACAGCCUGGCCAGUUGCCAGGUUGGAUCAGGCAACAUGCACAGUCACUGCAUUGCAGCGGGGACAAGCAAACCUUGUACUUUCCCACAAAAGUGUAUCUAUGCAAGGGGCUUCUAAAUUACCAAAUGGCACUAUUUUUGUUGUGGACCCAGGAUACCUAGGAUUCUCAAUUCAUCCUGGUAAGAGAUGGGCGCUGGAAACUGAGAGAUUCUAUGAAAUCACUAUUGAAGUGUAUGACAAAUCAAGCAAUAAGGUGUAUUUAUCUGAGAACAUCAGAAUUGAUAUGUACUUCUCAAAAGAAUAUUUUGAAGUUGUGCAGUCCUCUCUGAAUGGUUCAUAUCACUAUGUAAAAGCAAUAAAAGAAGGACAUACCAUUCUUAAUGCUAAACUAACAUCUAUCGUAGAUCAGGAUGGAGGUGUUCACACAUUUUCUGUUCCUGCACAAAAUCAACAAGAAGUAGAUAUCUAUUCUCCCAUUGUUCUUCAACCAAGCAUUUUGACCUUUCCGUGGCAAGCAAAAGCAGGAGCCUAUCAGUACAGAAUCCUGGCUUAUGGCGGGAGUGGAAAUUUUACUUGGACCUCAUCUCAGCAAAAUGUUGCUUCAAUUACAGUUAAGGGAAUAAUGACAACUGGCAAUGAAAUUGGUGUCAGUGUCAUUUGUGCCAGAGAUGUUCAGAAUCCUUUACACCAUGGAGAAAUGAAGGUCUAUGUGAUAGAACCCAGUGAUAUGAAGUUCACACCUUGUCCAGUUGAAGCGUAUGUGGGCGAGACACUGGACCUGCCUCUGAAGAUUAUUGGUGUAAUGAACAAGGAAACCAAUGAGGUGGUCACUCUAAGUGAUUGUUCACAAUUUGAUUUAGCUGUCAACAUUGAAAACCACAAUGUGUUCAGUCCAUUUCAAGGGAGACUUAAGCCAACUCCUGAAUACUGCAGUGGGAUCAGAGUUAAAGCUGAAAGCCAAGGGUAUUCCUCACUUGUUGUUAGUUAUACCCAUGACCAUAUUCACCUCAGUGCCAGUAUUACCAUAGCAGCCUAUCUGCCAAUAAAAAUUAUUGAUCCUAUUUCUGCUGCUUUGGUAACUCUGGGUUCUUCUAAAGAUAUCCUCUUUGAAGGUGGACCCAGACCAUGGAUUCAAGAGCCAACCACAUUCUUCAGAGAUACCAAUACGGAACAUCCGGAGAAUGUUGGUUUACAUUUACUAGGACCACCUACAUCUAGGAAUUCUUUCCAGCAUUGGGCUAGAGCAACUUGUAAAGCCUUAGGGGAUCAUGUAAUUUCAGUAACAAUUGGCAACAAGCCCACUGCAACCAACCCCUUUCCAGCUGUUGAAUCAGCUGAUGUGACAUUGAUUUGUGCCAUUCCCUCUCGGUUUUCUUUGGCACUUGUAUCUGCAGAUCCUGAGCUGGAUGUUUCCUGUCCCUUUAUUCAUCAGGACAAACAAGGGGUUCCUGUUUCAAUUUUCCGCAACCCAGUAUUGGAGCUAGAAGUUUAUAAUCAUCAGGGCCAUAAAUUUGACAAUUUCAGUUCUCUUACUAUAACCUGGGAAUCAACAGAACAUUUACUAGCUAGCAUAGAGUCCAGAAUGCCUUUGGAACUUUCUAUGAAAGAUCAUGGAAACAGUCAGAAGAAAAUGCAAGGUCUGCAAACUGUUUUAGUUCAUCAUAAACCAGGAGCAACAAUAAUAUCAGCUACUGCAGUUGGCUAUCAGCAUGUUCAUUUGAUUACCAAUCAAGUAAAGAAACCGUAUGAAGCUCUUUUACCUGUAAAUGCAGGUAUUGAACUAAUACUUGUGGAAGAUGUUAAAAUGAGUCCUAAAGAAGUGACUAUUUAUAAUCAUCAGGCAAUUAAGGCUGAACUGAUUAUUAAUGGAGGCUCUGGAUAUUUUUUUCUUAACACCAGCAUCGUUGACAUUGUUAAAAUAGUAUAUGAAGAAGGUAAAGACAUUGCUCUGAUAUAUCCCUUAUAUCCAGGGUCAGUAUCUGUAAUGAUACAUGACUUGUGUCUUGCAUCUUCCACCAUUGCUAAAACUGAGGUGUAUGUUUCUAAUAUACAAGAAGUAUAUGUUGGAAUUGUUGAUAAGGUAGAAAUUGGCAAAAAUGUUAAAGCAUAUGUCAGAGUGCUGGAUGCUUCGAAGAAAUACUUUCACAGUAAAAACUUCAAAUUCAUGGACUUAACUCUAAAAGCAGCAUCUCAGAUUAUUUCCUUAAAAGCCCUUGAUGAAACUUCUGAUGAAUACACAGCUGUUUUUCUAGUGCAUGGCAUGGCCAUAGGUCAAACCAGUGUUACAGGAGUUGUCACUGACAGAUAUGGUGAAAAGAUCUAUUCAAUUCCACAACAGAUUGAAGUAUUUCCUCCUUUUAAACUGAUACCAAAAAAAGUCACCUUACUCAUAGGUGCAGUGAUUCAAAUUACUUCUGAGGGAGGACCACAGCCUCAGUUCAACAUAAUCUUUUCCAUCCAUGAUCCCAGCAUUGCUUCCGUAAACAACAGUGGCUUUAUAACUGGCAAAGCAGUGGGGAACAGUACCAUACUGGGAGUGGUUCAAGCAAUUUAUGCAGAAGCUGGCAAGGUUGUAGUUGCAUCCCAGGAUAAAGUUGAAGUUGAGGUAAUUCAGCUUGAAGCUGUCAGAAUCCAUGCACCUAUUACCCGAAUGAAAACUGGAACUCAGAUGCCAGUAUAUGUGAUGGGCAUUGCUAGCAAUCAGACCCCUUUUUCAUUUGGAAAUGCAGUGCCAGGAUUAAAGUUUUAUUGGUCUGUGACUACAAGAGAUAUCUUGGAUGUCAAGUCAAGAUUCAGUGAGGCUUCCCUUCAGCUUUCAGUGGAAAAUAAUUUUGCGGUGGAUGUUUAUGGGAAAGUGAAAGGGAAAACAGGAUUGAAAGUUGUUGUGAAAGUCCUUGAUCCUUCAGCUGGACAGUUCUCUCACAUGGCAAAAGAAUUGACAGAUGAAAUUCAAAUACAGGUGUUUGAGAAACUAGUUAUUCUGGGAGUAGAAGUAGGACAGAUAUUAAUGUCAACAAACUCCUUUUUUAAAGUUCAAACGAACAGGGAUGGAGCUGCUUCUUUAACUUAUCGUGUACUGGAUAGUCAAGACAACGUUCCUGUGGUAGAAAUUGAUGAAAGUGGUCAUCUUAGUUCUCAUUCUCAGAUUGGACUAUCAACAAUAGAAAUAAUUUCCCAAGAAUCAUUUGGAAUCAACCAGACCCUUGUUAUUGCUGUCAAGGUAGCUCCUGUUUCCUACCUGAGAAUAUCCAUGAACCCAAUUUUCCAUACAAAAAAUCAUGAAGCUUUACUGGCAUUACCUUUGGGCAUCACUUUGAGUUUGACUAUCCAUUUCCAUGACAAUUAUGGAGACACUUUUCACUCACAAAAUUCCAUGCUUCACUUUGCAGUCAACAGAGAUGAUUUUUUACAGGUUGGGAAAGGGACCUCUAACAAUACUUUGGUACUUCGAACAAUGAAUGUUGGACUAAGUUUGCUUAAGGUUUGGGAUGCGGAACACAAUAUUGCAGACUAUGUCCCUCUUCCUAUCCAACAUGCCAUCUCCCCUGAGCUCACCGAUAUUAUUGUAGGUGAUGUCAUAUGUUUAACCUCCUCACUGGUAAACCAAGAUGGUUUAUCAGGAAUAUGGAGGUCUUCUUCAAACAGUAUUCUUCAGAUUGAUUCAAAAGCCGGAGUAGCUGUAGCAAGAAACCCUGGAAAUGUUAUAAUAUAUUAUGACCUAUCUGGAUUGUGUAAGACAUAUAGGGAGGUGUUAAUUAACGAGCCUCAAAGGAUUGUGGCAGCACAUGUAAGUGGAACAAAAACAAAUAUUCAGGAUACUUCAAAAGUUCUACUUCAAAUUGGACACAGAAGUAAAAAUUUGAAAGGAGAAUGUUCAAGUGCCCAAAAUGAAGUAAUAGAAGAAAUGAAACCCCAGUCUAUGGUCAACUGUCAACUUAAUUUCAACAAUAAUGUAUUUGAUUUCCAAGCUUCUGAAAUUGUUGCAGCUGAAACCAUGUUUGAUACAGCUUUAGGACAGUAUACUUGUUCCAUCAGAGUGCUCAGACUAGCGGACAAGCAGCUAAAACAACUCACCAUGAGCAAAACGGCCAUCAUCAUCACACCUUCUCUCCAAGGCAGUCAAACCUUAGAGCAGAUUAGCACUGAAGUGCCAUUUAAUCCAGGAUUCUAUGCUAAUCAGACUGAAUUUAUCCUAACUAAUCAUUACACAAGUUCUGACAUGAAGAUCUUUGGAACUGCUGAAGUUCUUGAAAAUCUUGAAGUGAGAUCCAGCUCACCUGUGGUGGUGAUUUUUGAGAAAGACAGAUCUUAUGGCUUACCUAGUUAUGUAACCUACACUGUGAGUUUAUCAGACCCAGAAAUUGCAAGUAAAACAAAUUUAAAUACUGUACUUACUAUAUCCAGCACAAUGACGGACCAAUCUAUCACUAUCCCAGUGACAAUUACCUAUGUGUCUGACAGAACUCUGUCAAUGAAAUAUAAUACAAGUUUAUUCCAACACUUUCUUGAUUCCUAUCAAGUUAUAUUUUUUACAGCAUUUGCGCUUUUGGCUGGAAUGGCUGUUAUGAUCAUAGUGCACUAUACUCUUUUCUCUCCGAAUGAACAGCAAAUACAUCCAGCUUUCAUCUCAAAGACAAGUCCUCAAAGACCACUUACCGGAGUUCCUGUCACUCCUACAACUCCCUUCAACCCUAUAUCUUCAAGUCAACAAAACAGUUCUCCAAACAGAUUAUGGAGUCCUCUAUAUUCUUCACAAUGAAAAUCUUAUUGACAAAAAAUAUGUUUUGAUUUUAAGUAAUAUGGACAUUUGAAGAACAAAUAUACACCAUACAUGGUUGUAACGCCUUGGUUUAUAAAGAUUUUCUUUAGAUUCAUGAUAACAUUGAAGGGAAGAAAAUUCACUCAGGAUCUGUGUUGAGCCAUUCUGCUUGCUUACGUGCUUCAGUUAAUUUCAGCUAAGACUUCAAAUUGUGUGGCAUCUAUUUGCUUCCUGCGGAAAUAAUGAUUUUUAUAAGAAGGCUUGAUAUCAGAGUUAUAAUGAAAGGAUAAACCCCAACAUAAAAGAAAAAGAAAAACGGUGUUAAUUUGAAUUCAGCUUAUUUUAUUUUUGAGGCUCAGGAAUGAAAUGUUCUGCACUAUUUUUUUGCACUAUUUAGUAUUCUUAGCAUUUGAAGUUGGUUGAUUAGAAAGUAGUUAUGCUGUAAUAGCUAUGUUACCUAUUUAUAUAUGUAACAAAAGGAUAGAUAGGUUAUUAGAUAGGGACUGUGUGUGUGUGUGUAUGAGAGAGACAGAAUUCCUUUAUUCCCUUCGAAAUUAUUAAUAAAUAGUUUCAAUCAGGUGAUACUGCACAAUCUUUUGUUAAAGAAAUCCUUUAUUAUAGCAAACUGCAUUUUUUUAAAAAAAGUUAUUUUAAUCAUUUUUUUCUAAAAAAAAUAUUGUUAUCCUAACAAAGAGAAGACUGCAUUUUAUAUAUUUUUAGAAGUGUUAAAUACCUCAGCAAACUCUCUGUAUGCAAUUGGUGACUUGUAAAUAUAACUUGAAUCAAGGAACCUUGUCUUUGCACUACUGGGUUAAUGUGAAUGCUACUUUUCUAUUGAAAUCAGAGUUAUUGCUCAUUUAAGAAAGGAGUUUAGUACGUAUAUAGAUAUCCUGAUGAUCUACAUAGCAGGUACAAUUAAUGCUAAGGGAACUAAUUAUAUUUAACAAUAUGAAUUGUAUUACAUGUUAAAUAAGAACACAGGGUAUGCAGACAAAAUUUGCUUUUUGGAAGACAGCAGUCUGAAGUAUGAACCUUAUUUUUAUAAGCCUUUUUUCUCAACUACUGUUGUCAGAGUCUGUUUGCUUUUUGCAUGUUUUCAUCCAUUUGCUGCAACAACAUAAAUUCAGAUGCUGAAAGUUACAGCAGUAACAAUUUUCAGAAUUCAGUGCAAGCCAAGUCAAAAAUGUGACUUAUUAAACCAUGUUUAGCUUGGUCUUUUUUAGAAUUACCCCCCCCCAAAAAAAACCCCAAACCCCAAUACACCACCACUCUACACUGCCUGUGAAGUAGAAAGAACCCCUAUUCCAGACAUAGCUGUCACAUUCCAAUUAUGUGAUAACAACUGAGAAACUAUUCCAAAUGAAUGUCCUAAAAAUAUUUAUUUGUGCUAUAAAAUACAAUCUGGUAUCAUGCCAAUUUUGCAUUAUUUAGCAUAAGAUUCUGAAAAGUAUUGUGGAAUAAUCUUGCAUAGGUUCACAAAAGGAUGACAAAGUUGGUCAUCUAUCACCCAGAAGUAUGUGUAUAAGUGAAAGACCCUUCUAGCAAUAAAUUGAGCAUAUUACAAAAUGGUGUCAGCCAAUCCACAUCACUUGGUAAGAACCUUCCACCAAGGUGAGCCUGGAUUGCCACUAUAAUUGCAGAAGAGGCCUUCAUCCUCCAGUGGAUAGACAAUUGCUAAAAUGAAUAAUUAUAUAUAUAUAUAUUUCUGACUCGUUACACAAUAAAAAUAUGUUUUUAACAAAUUUAUUCUAUAGGAAAAUCUGUUCCCAGCACGGGCCUUCACUUCUUCUAAUAUAUUGCUGUAAUUCAUACCAUUCACCUUGCUGAUGGUUGUUCUUUUCCCCUCCAUCCUUCCAAAUAUUGUAUUUACAUGAAUGAAAUAUAAGUGUCUUAAAAA